AUGACGACAACCACGGAGAUUGAUCUAAUGACGACAACCACGGCGGUCGAUUCAUUAACGACAGCCACUGACGCAACCACAACUAAUACGAUAACGACGACGGACACGACCAUCAGCGAGUUAACAGCAAGUGCUGCGACACCUAUCGUUGCUCAACGACGUCGCCGUCGUCGAUCGAUGCUCAGUGAAUAGUAAAUGGCGCUUGGCACAUGCCGAGAAAAGAAAUUACACUCUUUUCCAAUAUCCACCAAAUUUCAUUCACUAUCUUUCUCUCAUUUUACUGUCGAUUGGCUGUCUGUUAAUCAAUAAAUGUAUACAGGACUAUCUAAGUCUUGCAGUUCUCUUUUAUCUUUCUGCCGCUGGAAGAAUGAGAGAAGAAACGUCUACUAUUCCUUCUCAGUAACAGAUGUAGAUUAAGUUAGUUGUUCACAGGCACACAACCACGACACUACGUGAUUCACUAAUGUGCUUUAAAAAGAACAGUUGUAUGCAGAGAUUAUUUCGCGAGGUCCUUCGUGUUUUUAUUAAGAAUACUCAUCAGGAUUCUGCAUAAGCACACACAAAAGCAGAGGGUAUGGGUAUGAGUAUCUAUUUAUCUUGCGAGUGACAGGCGAGGUUCUUUCUCCAUCAUCACCGAAAGAAGAGAUACUCGUAUUAUUUCUGUUGUCCGCAGAUAUAUACACCCAUAUUGUAGCCCGUGAAAUUCUUUCUCAGAUGUGGUAUUGCUUGAAUUUGCGUUCCUAUUUUACAAAUAAGACUUUAUGCUAAUAGAGUAGGCUAAAUUAACGUUAAUUAGUACUAAUUAGUCAAUACCAGAAAGGAAAGAACAAAAAUUCUUGCAUAUUUUCUCGUAAUAAAUAUUCUCCACAAUUGAACGCGGGAUUAUUAUUGAAAACAUUCCGGUCCAUCCUCCAUUAAUUACAAAAACUUAGUUCUUGUCUAGAUCGGUAGAAAAAAGUGUGGAGAAUAUUUAUUACGAGAAAAUAUGCAAGAAUUUUUGUUCCUUCCUUCCUGGUAUUGACUAAUUAGUACUAACUAACGUUAAUUUAGCCUACUCUACUAGCAUAAAGUCUUAUUCGUAAAUUGCCGUUUUCUUGCAUGCUGAGCGUUGUAGUGGUGGUCAGAUCAUUAACCGGAGGUGCGGGUGGUGUGUCCUGAGAUGGAUCAGCACCGUCGUAUGAUGGUUCAUCGGGAAAUUCGGGCAUAUCAGGCUCAUCGGGCGAUUCCGCGUCAGAAAUCAGUUGCCGUGGUGGUGGAGGCGGAUGUCUCUAAGUCUUACGGUUUAAGAGUUUUCCAGAGAUCAAGGCCCAAAAAGGACCCUGAACGGCGUUCCAUGAUUUUUUAAUAUACUUCAAGCUGGAGAGUUCGGGUUUGUUUUAUUUUAAACUAGACACCUAACUACAUCGACUGACCGGCGCCGAUUUUUCA